AUGGACUACACGUAUCACCGUAUAUUCGGUUAUACAACGGCCAUGUUGGUGCAAACCGCGAACUUGUCUUAUCUGGCCAUACAUUUGCCGCCGAAGACUUUUGACGACCCAAAUCUAGUCGUGUUGAAGAACCUACAGCCGAGAUUUUUCACGAUAUGGAACGUAAUAAUACAGAUAAUUUAUUCUGCCGUGAGCUUGUGGUGCGAAAUAUCGACUUUGAAGAAUUCAGAGAAAGGGGAUUUCAAAUUGUCAAAAUACGUCCGAAGGUUCAGAGAUGUAUUGUUUUCCAGUGUCAUGUGGCCGUCUACUUGGGUCGUUGCUAUAGUAUUUUGGACUCUAUACAACUACGACAGAGAUCUCAUCUUCCCAAAACACACAGAACAACUACUUAAUCCAGUGUCCAAUCACAUAAUGCACACUUUGAUCGUUCCAUUUGCGAUCUGGGAGCUAGUUUAUCGGCAGAGAAGAGAACCUAAAACCCAUCGGAAAUACUUUUACCAUCUAGUGUUUCACUUUGCGUUAUAUUUCGUAGUAAUCACCUAUACGUUCAUAGAAAGGGGUAUAUGGAUCUAUCCCAUUUUUACUAAGCUGUACGGAACCAUUUUCUUUCCUCUAAUCCACAUAUCGAUAUGUGCGAUCGCUCUAUCUGCUUAUUUCAUUCAAUGGCCACUUAGUGAUUAUAUAUGGCAGCAAGGUGUCAAAAAAGUGAAUUAA